AUGGGUAACAAGGCGGGAACGAAGAGGGAGACACGCGAAGGAGAUCGAGGACGACGAGGGGAAGAUGGAGUUCAGUGGGAGAAACCAUCCAUCAUGGUUUUGGCGUUGUUCCACGCCGGUAGGGUCUUGGGUGCCCGGACGACGCUGACUGGCCUUUGGCUGGCUGCUGAAACAGACCUAACUAGUUGGGCGACUGGGCGAGUGGCAAAGGAAAAGGCAACAGCUCCUCGGGUGAAACCGCAAUAUUCAAGAGUUGGAGAGAGCAAAGAGGCUCAGGCUCAGGCUCAGACUCAGGCAGCAUCUGCCUCCUGA